AUGCCGGGCGAAACCUUGACGCCUCGGCAUCUAUACGGAGACCCGUACAUAACAACUACCAGGCUGCCUAUCGAAAAGAGUACAUCGUCCAGCUCUUCGCAAAAUUGGAGCUUGUAUGAAAGUUUUAGAAAGACAUCACGCUGCUCGCAUCUAGCUCGUUGCGACGAAGAAUAUAUCGAUCUAAUUGAUGAGACGUCACGCAAACCGUUACAAGACGUUAAGGAGGACGCCAAGAAACUCUUGCGACAGCUACUCUCAUCACUGCCAAGUCAGAAGUGCGACAGCAAGGCCCAUCACGGUUGUCAUCAAUACAUCAGCCCCAACUUCAUCCCUACCAGUCUCAGGAACAAAAGACGAGCAAGAGGCGGCUUACUUUGGAGGGACACGCCACAUAGUCCACCGUUAGGGACUCAUGUCGUUCUUGUCAAUAAUACUCACAUGUCGCAGCCAGAAUCAGAAUUCCAGAUCGUUCAAAGGCAACGGGGAGACACUCAAACAAGUCGAAGUAGCUCCAAUGAAUCUUUAAGGCCAGCUUUACGAAGGCAUGCUCAUCACCGGAGCUCCACAGAGCCGGCACAUUCCAAAACAGUGCGCUUCAACCCUGAUUUGGAACAUGUGCGCCGCUUUUACCAAACGGAUUCUUCUCUCGCUAUCAGUACGGACCCGACGCUUAUUAGCGAUCAUAGCGAGGACAGAUUUAUCAUAUCAAGUAUGACGAGCGGCGCGCCGGACGAACAUCCUCGUAUUAGGAGGAGUAACUCACUCUCAGCUUUCCGCGAGAUGCUAUAA